CUUUCAAUCCAUUUGCUUUGUAUUGUCGUCCCUCUUUCCUUUUAAAGUCACAUCUUCUUCUUCACGGGCUCCUCAGUUUUUAAACAAUUCAAAUUCCCCUGCACCUUGUUUGUGACUCUUUGCAAUGGAUCAUAAUUCUACCCCAUAUCCAGGCAAAUCUCGUCCCAUAAAACCAAAAUUUAACCGAACUGCAACAAAAGCUCUUAACAAAGACCCUCCUCAAAUUUCAAGGCAAAGGCGGGUCUUUGGAACAGUCCGCAACACAAACGUACCUGUAAAAACUGUAACCGAAAAACCUAUAAUCAAACCCAUAAGUAGGAUUGCUCAAAAGCAACCUAAAUCGACCCGAACCACUCUGCCAACUACUGAUACAGCCACGGAACCCGUAACAGAGGCUGUGGAGCAGAGUACUCCUGAAAAAACAAUACUACCCAAGUUGAAGAAAAAAAGUGUUUCCUUUCCAGAAGAAGUUGAAGAAAAAGAUGCGAAGAAUUUGGAGGCAAACAAUGUGGUUUUGCCGAAGACUCCAGUGGCGCCGCGGUCUUUGACGAGGGCUAGGAGUCCAGGCACGCCAUACCACAGUGCUGAGAAUUGUAGCAAAUGCCGGUUCGAUAGGCUCGAGACUUCGUCGUAUUGGCUGAGUCAGAUCAAAUUGGCGGAGUCUGUGGGCAAGCAUUUUGUUUCGGCUGCUUUCUUUGGACUUGCCUUUGAAUCCAAAGCUGAGCCUAUUAGGAGCCUCCGUGUUGAGCUGAAGCGGUAUUUGAUACGACACGGGUAUCUAUCUGAGCAGACAGAGUGGAGAGAAGUCUCUGUUAGCUAUGGAUUAUUGAAGGAUAAAAGCAACACAGGAGAGGUGGAUUCAGGUGUUGAACAAUCUGGUACAUGGGAACCCACUUGUAAUGAGCUCGAUCAAGAACAGACCAAGGAACAUUUUGUUGAGGAGACUGAAAAGUAAAACAAAUUGACUGGCAAUGUUUAUAGAAUCUGGAAAUUUAAGGUUUUGGCAUGUGUAAUAGUAAAUGCUUUUGGACUGACCUGUCUCGGUUCAGUUUCUGUAUUGUAUUUGUAUCAAAUAUUUUAUCAGGCAAUUUGCAUUUGGAUUGGUAUUCCAACCUUUUUUAA